GGAUAAUGUAACACAUGGCCGGCUCUUGUUCGUUUUCACCACCGAGGCGUAUAAGAUGGCUACUCAUCGUCUCCAUCUCCACGCUUUUGCCAUGAAGAGAGCCUCCUGUUAUAGUGGGCUUUCAUGAUGUAGUAAUAGUAAACCAACCAGCUAGCUACAAUGUAACGACAAAACAAAAAAGUUCACAUCAAGCUAUUCACAUUUUAUUUUGUGUCCAACAGCACACUGCGUGAUUGUUUACGGAUGCAUACCUCCGAUCAACGCGAUUUUCAACAGUAUAACUAGCCUAUUAUUCCCUGUUAUGAAAAACUACCACCACUCAUACCAGCAUUGAGCGAUGCCAAAGGGUUUCGAGUGAUGUACGUUAGAUCUGUAGCAUAAUCAAUAACUUCUUUACUUUACAACAUGAAUUGUGUUGUGCUCAAAUGGGACAUCUGACAAGCAUAUAUCCGGGAUUGGCUCGACUCAUUCGCCUAAAUAAGCACGAGUCUGCAGCAACAACAAAAGCCCGUUUCUUCUCCAGAGAUGUGUAGCCAAGACACUCCACAGAACGAAAGCGCGCCCCUUUGCUGCCGUAUUUUUUGUUGUUGGUCUAUUUCACGAUCGAUAUCUUGCAUUACUAACGCCAAGUUGUUAAUCAAACCACAUUUGAUUUGUCACAUGCUUUGUUAACAGGUGUAGACAAACGGUGAGAUGAUUAGGGCCCUUCCCAACAACGCAGAGAGAAAAAUAGUAACACGAUGAAUAAAUGCACAAUGAGUAACGAGAUCAAUUGGCUAUAUACAUGUGGUACCAGUACCGAAUCCAUGUGCAGAGGUACGAGGUAGAUAUGUUACAUAUAGGUAGUGGUAAAGUGACUAGGAAACCGGAUAGAUGCUAAACAGUAGCCGCAGCAUAUGUGAUGAGUCAACGUUAUGUCGCUGGUGGAUUUGGGGAAGCGGCUCCUUGAGGCUGCACGGAAAGGCCAGGACGAUGAAGUCAGGACACUCAUGGCCAAUGGGGCUCCCUUCACCACAGACUGGCUGGGCACAUCUCCGUUGCACCUGGCCGCCCAACACGGGCACUAUUCCACUGCCGAGGUGCUGCUCAGGGCAGGCGUCAGCAGGGAUGCCCGAACCAAAGUGGACAGGACCCCUCUGCACAUGGCUGCUUCAGAGGGCCACAAUGUCAUCGUGGAUCUAUUAGUCAGGAGUGGCGCAGACAUUAAUGCCAAGGACAUGCUGAAGAUGACUGCUCUCCACUGGGCCGCCCAGAAUGGCCACCAAAGGGUAGCGGAGACGCUCGUGAAACAUGGCGCCGAUGUUCACGCUCUCAGUAAAUUUGAUAAGACGCCGUUUGACAUCGCAGGAGACAUCCAGAAUGCAGACCUUAUGCUCCUACUACAGGAGGGAAUGCAGAACCAGGUGAACAUGAACGCAGAGGCUGGCAUGACGGGGAGCUCGGCCCAGCCUCAGUUUAUCAUCCAGGGCAUCCCAGGGCUCCCGGGGGGUGUGGUCAACCUGGCAGACCUCCUCAACAACAUUAACUCGGCAGGUGACUCGGAGGAAGCCAUAGCAGCCAAUUCUUUGGACCCCGGCAGCAUCCAGCACAUGGUGAACGAGCAAGGUCAAAGGGUUAUCACGAUAGUGACCGACCAACACGGUAACCUACAGACUGGAGGGCUUGGUCAGCCAUUCUUUGUCACCAUGCAGCAUGGACAACAGAUGUUGGCGAUGCCAGCCAAUCAGGUGACAGAGGAGGUGGUUGAGGAGGAACCCCAGCCCCCGCCUGCCCGCAAGAGGAAACUAGAGGCCUCUGCCAACCACAUGGAGUCUGGAGACACGGAGCAGUUACAGAGGCAGCUGCAGGAGGCCAACCGGAAGGCCCAGGAGUACCGGCAGCAGCUGAUGUGCAAAGAGCAGGAAGCAGAGCAGUACCGUAUGAAGCUGGAGGCCAUGUCGCACAGCCAUACCAACGGCACCUCUGAGCAGGAAGAAGUGGUGGAGGAGGAGGAGGAGGAGGAGGUGGUGGUGCUCCAGGAGGGAGACAUCAUCAUUAAGACGGAGGAGCUGGACUCGGCCGAGGAGCAGGUGAUGCUGGUGGAGUCGGUGCCCUCCCACACAGAGGUCAUCUCAUAACGCCAGACAGACUGAUGUCACUGAUGGAAGGAGAAAUGGACACGAACUCAGGCAACGGGGCAGGCUAUCAGCUUUUUCCAUAGCUCUUUUAAGUUUUUCCCACCCAUCUGAGUUUUUUAAUGUUUUGUUUUGUUUGUACUAUAUUUACUUACUCUUUCUGCCGUUUCAGUCGUUUUUUUCUCUCCCUCAAUCAUGUUUUUUUUUAACAAGUAGCGAAGUGAGGAGCUGAAUAGGAGGUGCAUCACAGGUUGGUUGAGGAGCUGGAAUGGGACCUGCUCAGCCUGUGGAUAAGGUUUCCUGCCUGAAAAACGUGUAUGCUAUCUGAGAGAAACGGGUUACUCGGUCUCUUGUCUGUGGCGUCUGAGACAUGUCAGUGGUGUGGGAAAUACAUUUUCACGUUGCCAACUACAUAUCAUAAGAUGUCCAAGACGAGUCCAUCCGUGGUGCCAGAGGACCAGUCUGUGGAGAGAACACUUUUGUUUGUUUUCAGUUCUUUCGGGCCUCAAAAGUUGCCCUCUCCCUCACUCCUCCAUCCUACCACCUCCACCAUCAUGGGCUCCACUGCAAUGGGAAUUGUAUUUAAGAAUACCUAUUUGAAAAGUCUUACAGGACAAAUGACAGGGCAUGCAGUUGGCAACAGUCAUUCCCAGCAUUUAUUGGACUCCGCAUUCACAAUGUAGUAAUGAAUUGUUUCAAAGUCGGGAAUUGUUUUGACUUUCAUGGCACCACGUUAGCUUUGUCCUCUGUGGGUGUUAUGGUCCGUGCCACUUUGAGUGCAGCAGUGAUUAUAUUUUUACUGUUGCAAAAGCCACAACCCCCCACCCUCUCCCUGCUGAUGUCAAUACAAAGAAUAACGUCCUCCCGUUUCAAGGCCCCUGUGGCUUUAAUCACUAGUAGUCCCACUCCCCAAAGCCGGAGACGGACAGGAAUAAGGCUUUCAGAUUGCUGUGUCCUUCUGACAAUGACUAUGUCCCAUCACUUGUUUCUGCUACAGUUACUGUGCCGUUUUGUCUUCUCCCACCCUGAAUGAGAACGUGAACAACGUCUGGGUUAACAUUCAUCUCUCAGGGUUGAAGGGUGUUAAAGGAAAGUAAUCUCUGCCUGCUAUUCAGUGAGGGCCCAAUCUAAACUUGAGAUGCCAAAGCUGGUUUAAGUUGUGCCUACAUUUUGCAUUGACGUCAAUGGGAUAUUUCCACUGAAAUUAGAGUUCAGAUGUAUCGGAUGCUCUUGCCCAGGUUUAAAAUGACUUUAGUGGGUCUAACUGCAAUUUGAGUUGAACCAUGUUGAGCGACAGAUAUACACACACACCAAUUUGAAUAUUUAAAAUAAUGUUUCUGUACACUGAUCCUUGGUCAGUUUGAGAGGAGUACAUCUUGUAUAAUUAAUUUCCCACCAUGGCUAAUUGGGUGGAUGAAAUACACCACCGUUUCAGAAUUGAACCCCCCCCCAGACCACCCCUUUACUUGGCGGAAGAGGUCUGCUGUUUUGCUGGAAUACCGUUCCUAUGGCGGUCUCCAUUCACCCAUUGUAAACUUAGACCGCUCUCUUCCUUUGAGAAGUCGACGUUCUCCACGAGUAUGAUAUUUUUUUAUAAGCUCUCAGCAAGCCUUUUUAUUAUGUACAUAUAAAAUUGUAUUUUUAAGUGUAUCUGAAUGCUUUGGAAUGUAGACUGCUUAUAUAUGAUUUCUAAGCAUGUCGUCCCUUUCUUAGUUUAGCAUCUCUUUGCCAGAUUGUACAGGCGAACAUGUAUGCACCAAAUGAUUAAAUCAUUCCAUUUACCAUGAUUUGACGGGUUUAUAGAUCUACCUGUUUCGCUACUGCUCUCACAGUUGAGGGCACUUGACCGAGCCACGAAUGACUUUGUGUGGACUUUGCUUGCUUUGAUUAAAAAGUAUGAAACGGCCUUUUAAAAAUGUUACAACUGGUAUCUGGAACAUGCUUUGAAGUGUUUGCUCAAUAACUUCGGUCUUCUCAGAGAUUGAGAACCGGUGGCGCUGGACCAUUUCCUCCAUUUUUUUUGUUGUUUUAGACAUUGUUCCAUAUUGACCAGCAGGUGGCACUACACUUUAACGGACUGAUCUGGUCUGAAAUGAAAUUGAGCAGGGAUCAUAUCUAUAUUUCUUACCCUCAAAUGAGUCGAUUUGCUGCUAAUACAGAAAGUGAAACGACUGUAGUGUCGCACGGUAACGUUGAAGCUUUUAUUAAAUGCAUUCCAUUUUCUAACUCAUUUAUGUAAGGUGAUAUUUCACUUGUACUGCCUACCAGGAUAACAUAAUUGAAAAUAAAAUACAAGCUCGUACCUGCAAAUGAUGUGGA